AUGGAAGACCACAAAAGAGAGAAAGAAAUUAGUUUUACACUAAUUGUUCAGGCUGAAUGUUUACCUGAUGAUCCAGCUAAAAAACAAUUGCAAAUUGAAAACGGCAGUGCAUCACAGAAAUAA